CUAGCUAGCUGCGAGAGAAGCUCAAUCAUCUCUCCAUAUUUCUGGGACUCUCGAGCAGAAAGAUGGCAGCUGGGAUGCGCUUCCUGCAGCUGUUCACCGUCGUUCUCCCGUUCUGCUUCACGCCGGCCAAUUCCAACUGGAUCCCGGCCACGGCCACAUUCUACGGCGGCGCCGACGGCUCCGACACAAUGGGUGGCGCGUGUGGGUACGAGAACCUGUACGUUGCGGGGUACGGGAUCAACAACGUGGCGCUGAGCACGGCGCUGUUCAAUGACGGUGCAUCGUGCGGGCAGUGCUACGUCAUCAUCUGCGACACCAGCAAGUCGGAUAUGUGCAAGCCCGGCACGUCCAUCACCGUGUCCGCCACCAACUUCUGCCCUCCCAACUGGGAUCUCCCCAGCGACAACGGCGGGUGGUGCAACCCACCCCGCCAUCACUUCGACAUGUCGCAGCCUGCCUGGGAGAACAUCGGCAUCUACCGUGCCGGCAUCAUCCCGGUCUUCUACCAGCAGGUCAAGUGCUGGAGGCAGGGCGGCGUGCGGUUCACCAUCAACGGCUUCAACUACUUCGAGCUGGUGCUCGUGGCCAACAUUGGCGGGAGCGGGUCGAUCAAGAGCAUGUCGGUGAAAGGGACCAACACCGCAUGGAUCCCCAUGUUCAGGAACUGGGGCGCCAACUGGCACUGCCUCUCGGGGCUAGUUGGGCAGGCGCUCAGCUUCGCCAUCACCUCCACCGGUGGCCAAUACCUCGUCUUUCAAGACGUCGUGCCGGCCUGGUGGCAGUUCGGGCAAACCUUCACCACCUGGCGUCAGUUCGACUAUUAGAACAAACACUAUAGUAUUAUCAACUCAUUUCCAGACAUAUAUGCACACUACUAGUAUUGUCGAAGAGGUGACGAUGUACAUGUAAUUUCUUAUCUGUACCUAUGAUUGUUUCUUUGAUUUAUUUUGAUUAACUGUUCAGUCCUGAUCGAGUGGCAAUACACUAAAGAGUGAAGACUGAACCGUAAAAAUAUGCAACCCCACAUGUUCA